ACUCUAGAUGUUCUUGAGGUUUGUCCUUAUAAUUCGGCAAACCCUUCAGAGAUCCUGUCGCAGAAUAUCUCCUGCUCCCACAGUGGAUCACUGGUGGAUGAAGGAAUAAGUUUAUUAACAAAUCAAGUACACUCGAGACUUUUAUUGCAAGAACCCGAAAUAGUUGCUUGUUAAAUCCCCAGCUUUAAAAGAGGAUUUUCGAAUCUCUGAGGUAAGGUCGCUCGCCGUAGUUAGUUUCGAGGAACUUACCUUCCAUAGGUCGAGAUCGAUGUUAGAACCACUAGCACAUGUACCGGCUUGAAGCUACCCCCACUAAGACUUACCCUUCAAACAGGGUCAAAAAAUAUUUCCCAAAAAAAAAUAUCGUUACCUAUCUCUUAUCCUGAAUCUCACCCCCCUCUCUAACAGUUUGUAAAAUACUUUUGCAGAAAUAUCUCAAGUUGAUGAUCCAUUUGUAGCCACCACUCAAUCUUACGAUCUUCCCUUCCGUCUAAAAAGCAUAUCUGCCAAAAUAUCUCAAGCUGGUGACUCAUUCAUAGCGAUGUCUCAAUCUUACGACAUUCCCUCCUCUUCGAAAAGCACAUCUGCGAAAAUUCCCCAGUCUGGCGGUCAUCCAAGCCGUGGUAGAAGUAUGUCCCCAGACACGGCUAAAUCUGGUGAUCGUCGAUACCGUUCAAGAAGCCCACUCCGAGCAAUGUCACCAUCUGGUGGUCGUUCAUCCGCUUCAGGAAGCGAAGUCAUGUCCCAACCUGGCCAUCUUCAAAACUCUCAACAAGACAUGGAGUCUCCCUGGGCCAGCCUGAAUGAAUCCAUUUCCUCCGAACCUGCCACGGAUCAUGAAACAGUUGAUCCACCAUUAACAACUGUAUCACCUACCAACGCUUCCUCCUCUCCAACGCCCCCGGAACCCGCUCCCCUUUCCGAAGAGGAACAUCGAAAAUUGGCAUACGAGAAUCUUUUGAAGGAAAAUUUACGCCGAAAAAAUAUCAACGACCAAGCCUUUGAGAAGACACGAGCUAAACUUGAUGAGGCUACCAAUGCGUACAUGGCAAUAGAAGCUGAAUUUCGUCAUCUUACAAGAGUAGUGGAUUUUCGCUUCAAAGGUCAUGGAAGGCGGUUCGGAACGAGGAGAAGCUUCAUCCGUAACAAAAAGCUUACUGCCAGACGGGGAAGAAUGGCGGUUCGUUGUGACAGGGCUAAACAUCGUCAUGAUAUUGCACUUACGAGGUGGUUGAUGGCAAGUGUUGCGGCUAAUGCUACUAAUGCUGCGCUUGAUAGUAAGAGCUUCCAGAACUAGAACUAAAGUCUGAGACUUCUUGUAUAUUGCAAAUGCUAACAUGAGCAGAUACCCAAGCCGAUAGUGAUACCGUUUGGGAAGCCUUAGUUGGGACAGGUAGUGGUGCUGCGUCUACCGACGGAUGAUACGGCAGAUAGUGAUUAUUCCACAUGGGGACGAACGAUUUAUAUGCUGAGCGAUACUAAUUAUGUCGCGACAAACACACCACAUCAACUCGAUUGCUCUCAUCAGGCACUUUCCGAGUUUAUUCAUUCUAUACGCCGUCCUCAUUCUCCGACAACCGAAAUUAACCACCUUCAUCGAUCUCUGCCACCUUUCCCUCAGUACCACGACUCUCACCCCGCGACACCCCAACAUAAAUCCAAACCCAACCACCAAGCACCUCUAUCACCCAAUCUCUCCACGAAACCGAGCAAACCAAUAACUUGCCGGAGCUACCAAAGCUCCCCUCUAUAAACAGAAUCGAAUGACACCGAAUACCAUCUCCAUCACUACCACAUACUACCACAUCACUACCACUCACCAUAUAACCAUAGGCAAAUAAACACAACCAACUAUCCAUAAUCUCCACAUACAGAGUAUAAAUCAUAAUCACAAUCAUCUCAGCAAAGCGCAAGGAGCCGGACAAAUGGUCAACUGUAUAGAGAGAGCAUGGGGUGAUAUAUGAGAAGAAGGAUAUGAAGAAGGAUAUGAAGAAGUAGGAUGAAUAUAAAUAAAAAUACAAUAUAAGUACAACAAUCACCAACUCUUAC